CUCUCAUGGCUCUUCGCACUCACGAGACACCCUCAGGCUUUCUGCUGCCAUCGAUACACUCGUUCCCACCUUUCUAUACGCAGCAGCCGAACCCAUCAUCGGAAUCGGCGGUCACAGAGCAGUGGAGCAGACUGAUUUUGACCUAUGCACGGCAUAGAAGACUCUUUACCUUGCGCGUUGAGGAUGCGGAGGCGCCUGGCGGCGAUUGGGACGAGAUCCUCAGGAAUGAACGCAUCAACCGAAGACUACCACCAUCUCACUUGGAGAGAAUCCUUGCUAGCAUGGUCUCCCGAAAUCAGGCCGCGUACGAGCCUGCAAAGCAGACUCGUGCCGCGCUGAUCUACUGGAGAACACCUGAGGAGUGGGCUGAAGAGCUUCACCAAUGGGUCGCGUCGACAGGCCAGCUCGGGACCAUCAUGACUUUCUACGAGAUCAUGGAACCGCCGGUCGAAUCGUCCUUGAGCGGCAUACCCCUGCCCCUUCUCAAGAAGGCGAUCAGCAUAUUGGCGAAGUCAGGGCGCGCGCAGCCCAUUGCCGUCGCGGAUGGCGAAGGUGUCAGGUUCUUCCAAGGGGCAAGCUGAUCCUGUAAAUUUUGAACCCUUCAAGUUGAGGAUCACUGGGACCAGCCUCAUCCGAACUCUUCAUCUUGGUCCCUCUCAUUGGCAUAUACGAUGUAUACUGUAGCAUAGAUCGAGGAUGGUGUAUAGCAUUGAUGCGCUCAUGGCA